UUACAGUGGAGUAACUGGCUCUGACAUGCUCCAACCAGAAAUUCAGGUUCAACCUAGAGAUAAACUUUGGUGUCUCUAUAGCAGAAAUAUUUGUGGCAUCUGGUUCUGAAUAUGUGCCAAACAGAAAAGACAGUAAAGAAAUAACCUGAGUUUAGCCAGUUUGAUUUCAACACAUGGACAUGAACACAGGCAGCUUCUGACAGUCUACCAUAAGGUGACCUGCUCAGGGUGUGCCCUGCCUCUCACCCACCGCUGCAGACAGGCAGCACCCCUCCAUAGCCCAGCAAAAUAAUUAGGUAAUAAUGGACAUUCUAGAACGUAUCUUUGGCCUAUGCACAACCAUCUACCAUAGGGCUGAUAAUGCAAAGGUCAACAAAAAUCGCUGUCAACGAAUCGCCCAAAGAGUUCAAACCCUGGAGAGACUUGUUAAAGCCAUUAAAGAAAAGGGACCUGGUCAAAUCUCUUCUAUAGUUCAACAAGCUCUGGAUGACCUCUGCAUUACACUGGUGUCUGCAGAGCAACUAAUGACAAAAUUCCACAAAUCCAAUUCUAUUGAAGGCUUCAUUAAGUCUGGCUCUAAUGAGGAUAAGUUUAGUAAGAUGAAUGAUAAACUAGAUGAUAAUUUCCAGGUCCUGUCAGGAGCACUGCAGAUUGAGCAGAGGGAUAUGCUAAUUUCACUCUGCUCAAGCAAAGAGAGUGUUAAUGAAGGUAAUGGCCCUGCACAGACAUCUCCAUUGCCAUUCCCAAUGCCAGAGCCCUGGCAUGCAACAUCAGUGUUUUCCCCUGUUGGUCAGCCACAUCCUGCAGUACCAAUAUCUCCUCCAUCACCACCAUUCAGUCCCACACCACCUUAUCCUCUCCAAACACAACAGUUCAGACACACAGCACCUUAUCCCCCCCAAGCACUGCAAUUCAGAACCGCAGCACCUUUGCCUCCCCAAACACAACAAUUCAGACUUCCAGCACCUUUGCCUCCCCAAAUACAACAAUUCAGACCUCCUACACCUUUGCCUCCCCAAACACCACAGUUCAGACCUCCAGCACCUCUGCCUCCCCAGACACCACAGUUCAGACCUCCAACACCUUUGCUUCCCCAAACACAACAAUUCAGACCUCCAGCACCUUUGCCUCCCCUAACACAACAAUUCAGACUUCCAGCACCUUUGCCUUCCCAGACACCACAGUUCAGGCCUCCAGCACCUCUGCCUUUCCCAACACCAUCUUUCAUACCCACAACACACACCGUUCCUCCCGCCAUUCAAAGGUCUAACCCUACAACUGCUGUGCCAGCCCCAAGCAUCCACCCCCCCAUGUCAGGGUACAUCUCUAUGGUCCCUCACCUUUUCCCUGCUUCAGUUCCAGCCCAGCCCCUUAACCCUGGCAAUGUUGCAUCAAUGUCUGGCUCUACCGUAAUGAACAUUACCGUACAAAACACCACAGAUGUGACACAUUAUCCAGUCAAUAACCUUGGUUUUCAGUAAUUUGCAGUCCAAAAUACUAAAUGGACACAACUUGCAUAUCAGCCCCUUGAUGCACUUUUACAGAUUCUCAUGAAACCUGGUAUAAGCAUGUGAGAUCUGUCCAGGUACACGCAGAAAACGGAAUAAAGGCCUGAGAAAUAACAGUAAACCUUGUAUAAUGA